AUGGACCUUGCCAAGAAGUGGAACGAGCAUUUGCGGCGAGAAUCACGACGGGCAAAACCUGAGGCUGUGUGCCCUCUCUGUGGUUGCGAGCUCCAGUCUUCGCAGAAUGGCCUCGAGCCAGCUCUGGCAGUCUUCCAGAAACACCUCUCAGACACUCACGCUCAGUUGCUCUCUGAAAAAGCCACGGAAGCGGAAAACACGGACUGGAUCCGGUCUCUGUGGGACGCCGGAACUGCAGGGCUUGUCACACAAGCGCAGCAGGGCCAGGAGCGCCGGGCUGGCAGCCCCACGAGUGCCAAGCGGGCAGGCUCGCGAUCUAGGAGUGUUUCGCCUCUCAAGCGAUCCAAGGCCCAGCCCACAUCCACCCCAACUCUGGACGACAGCCGCGCCGAGUUCGAUAGAGGCUCCUUUCAGAAGGGGAAGCUGUGGAGCCCAGACGACGACGCUGCCUCGCCAAGGCCCCACCUAUACGAUAAGGCCAAUGGAGCGACCCAUCAGCAGUCGCAUCCCGCUCCGCCGUCUGACCCCUGGCCCCCGGCUUCAGCAGACGACGAGCCGAUUGAGAUUAUCAAGCAACCUGAAACCAGGCCCAUAUCUCAGGAACAACUUGUUGCAGAAGUCAAAGGCAUCUACGCGGGACUCGUCAUGGUGGAGAGCAAGUGUAUCGAGGUUGACAACGCCCAGAGCUCCCAAAACGAUGCCGCAAACAAGCUCAACAAUGAACAGUGGCAGGCGUUGAUUGCUCUCCACCGGACAUUGCUCCACGAACACCACGACUUCUUCCUAGCCUCCCAGCAUCCUUCUGCGAGUCCGGCAUUGCGAAGACUUGCUGCCAAAUACGCCAUGCCUGCGCGUAUGUGGAGGCACGGCAUCCACAGCUUUCUGGAGCUCUUGAGGCAUCGCCUUCCGGCUAGUCUGGAUCACAUGCUGACCUUCAUCUACCUGGCAUACUCGAUGAUGGCUCUCCUAUACGAGACGGUGCCCGCCUUUGAAGACACUUGGAUUGAAUGCCUAGGUGACCUCGGCCGGUAUCGUAUGGCGAUUGAGGACGACGAUGUGCGGGACCGAGAGAUCUGGACUGCUGUUAGCCGUCACUGGUACUCCAAGGCCUCCGACAAGGCCCCUACAACCGGGAGGCUCUACCACCAUUUGGCUAUCCUUGCUCGUCCUAAUGCACUGCAGCAACUCUAUUACUAUACGAAGUCGCUGUGUGUUGACAUGCCCUUCGCCUCCGCGCGCGACAGCAUCAUGACACUUCUUGACCCUAUCAUGGCACCAACCCCAAAUCUGCAGCAAUCCAGGCUGCCACCCACCGAAUUCGCUUGCGUGAAAGCACACGGCAUCUUGUUCAGCGGCAAGCAGCAGGGAGAGCUAGAGGCCUCGAUGAACGAGUUUUUCCAACAUCUUGAUACUCAUAUUGGCCGUACCACGCGAAGGUGGCUUGAGUCUGGCUACUUUAUCGGCAUCUCAAAUAGCUGCGCUGUCAUUGGCUAUGGGAGUGAGAGUAACCUAAUCUUUAAAGCCAUCAAGGGAACUCGUCCCAAUGAUGAAUCGCAGGACCAGCCUAUGCACGAGAGUGGUGUGGAGCCACCUUUGCCCAAGGAGCUGGCUGAUGCCCUUCGUCUCUUCAAUGGGACAUACAACGUUGUUUCGCGGCGGUUUGGCGACCCCAACAUCCUUCCUUACCUUCACGUCACGCUUGUCUUCGUCUACCAUCUUACGUUUUACCCAGAGGCCAUGGUCUACAUGGCUCGGGCCUUUCCGUGGAAGCUUACAUCUCUCUUUUUAAAUACGUUGAUUGGGUCAUGUCAGUCGUACGCUCGGAUUGAGGGCGAGCAGUUCCCCAAAAACGAAUCGGCCACGAGGCCCUUGCCGGAUGAUUAUGCCCUACGGGGCUUCCCCUGGGUGGGGAAGUAUUUCCCCAACGGGUGGUUUGCAAAUGACAAGAUUGACGAUGACGAGAAGUACUUUGAGGUCCUUUCCAUGACGGAGGAGAGGAAGGAGCGGGCGCUCUGGUUGGGUUGCCGCAUCGCUGCUCAAGACGGCAAGUGGCUCAGGUACGACUCGGAGACGCAUCAAUUCGGAGUCAAUCCGCAGUACGAUGUCGAGCUCGAGUUGGAAAUGCCGGCUACCCCUGUUGCCAGCACCGAUUAUGGCGACUUGCCGGACGCUGCCACCAUUGCCUGA